GCCAAAUGGGCUGUCAGUUGUGAUUGGGAGUAACAAGUGAAUUGAACAGCGACACUCUCUCUGCACCGAGCUGCGCUCUGCAUCUCGCUCUCUCUCUCUCGACUAUUGCGCUGUCCGAAUAAACCUGAGGAUCAUCAUGGACUCCGGUACCAGCCGAGUGUCUAGCCGACCUUCCUCUCCCGAUGUGCACGAUAUGUUCCUGCAUGCGAUGAAGAAGCACAUGGUGGGUUUCUCCGGUACUGUCUCGUCCACACAGAGCGACUCUCCACCGGAGAUACCCGCGGACAUGCGGAGCCUGUCGGAUGACGAUGAUGACAUUACCCUGAAAAUGCUGUCAAAGAAGGACCGUAAACUGCUAUCGGAGAACGAGCUGCAGGGGAUGCGGCUGAAAAUCAACAGCCGCGAGCGGAAGAGGAUGCACGACCUCAACAUCGCCAUGGACGGUCUCCGGGAGGUUAUGCCUUACGCGCACGGGCCCUCGGUGCGCAAACUCUCCAAAAUCGCUACUCUCCUCCUGGCGAGAAACUACAUCCUGAUGCUGAGCAACUCGCUGGAGGAGAUGAAGAGGCUUGUCAGUGAGUUCUACGGCAGCGGCCACCACAGCAGCUUCCACCCCUCCGCAUGUGGUACCAUGGCGCACACUGGGCCCCUGCCUGGUCAUCCGGCCGUUUCCCACGCCUCCCACCCGGUGCACCACCCACUUCUUCCCCCGGCAGUCUCCACGGUUGCCUCUCUCUCUACAACGGGUCUCACCUCGAUCAGACCCCACCAUGGACUCCUGAAGGCGCCCUCGGCCGUCCCGGGCCCCCUGGGUAGCAGUUUCCAUCACUGGGGCGCGGGAAUGCCCUGUCCAUGCAGCAUGUGCCAGGUGCCACCACAUGUUUCCGGCAUGAGCGCUGUCACAAUGUCCAGGCUGACGAGUGACUCCAAAUGACUUGAACUCUUAUCAUAAAACGAGAGAGGGAGAAAAGUGAAAUUAACUUUGGGUUGAAGACGUCAAAGUGUAUAUCAGUCCAACACGUUUUUUCAUUUUGAUUUAUCUGUUGCUGAAAUAAAUGUUGGAUUGAGCAGAAAUGCAUUGCUUUAGAAAAUGGGAGGAGCGCUACUUACAUACCAUGUUGUAGAAUGAUUUAGAUAAAUGUAUAAAGGGUGCUUUUCAUAUUCAGUAAAGCCCGUCACUGUAUGCAAACCUAUCUUACAUUGUGGCUGACAGGAAUACACAUUACUGAUGGCUUUUAAUGUCAUGUUCUCGAUCAUUAUUUAACUUUAGACUAGCGCAUUCCCGAGACAGAGUAAACGAAAGUACACUAUGUAGGUAAAGCAUACGGCAUGAGAACACAAUGGUAAUGUAGAUUGUAAAUUUGUAGAUUCAGAUUUCUGUUUGUACGAUAGUUUUUAUAUCAGGCCCUUGGUUAAUGUUUGGAUUUACACUUUUAGCUUGUGUCUGCUUUCAGCCAUGUAGCGCUGGUACCAUGUUGCUCCUGCUUCUUCCUCCUGUACCAUGUUGCUCCCUCUGCCUCCUGUACCAUGUUGCUCCCUCUGCCUCCUGUACCAUGUUGCUCCCUCUGCCUCCUGUACCAUGUUGCUCCCUCUGCCUCCUGUACCAUGUUGCUCCUGUUUUCUGCCUCCUGUACCAUGUUGCUCCUGUUUUCUUCCUCCUGUACCAUGUUGCUCCUGCUUCUUCCUCCUGUACCAUGUUGCUCCUGCUUCUUCCUCCUGUACCAUGUUGCUCCUGCUUCUUCCUCCUGUACCAUGUUGCUCCUGCUUCUUCCUCCUGUACCAUGUUGCUCCUGUUUUCUUCCUCCUGUACCAUGUUGCUCCUGUUUUCUUCCUCCUGUACCAUGUUGCUCCUGCUUCUUCCUCCUGUACCAUGUUGCUCCUGUUUUCUUCCUCCUGUACCAUGUUGCUCCUGCUUUUUCCUCCUGUACCAUGUUGCUCCUGCUUCUUCCUCCUGUACCAUGUUGCUCCCUCUGCCUCUUGUACAAUAUGUCCUCUCAGUAUUUUCUCUCCAACGUCACUGUCGAUCCUAUAGAUGGCUGUUUUCUCAUGUAUGUUUCCUCUUUCCAUGUUUUGUUUGUUGUCGCCAAGCCCGUCACAAGCCCGACGCACGACGCACGCAAAGAAUGAUCACUUCUUUAUUUUUUUAUAAAAAAGUGCUAAAUUAUAUUUAUUUACUUAUUUUGGAUGGGAUUUCAAAUGAAUCAAUGACGAUGAUUAUGUUGGGAUUUUUACAUGUUAAAUAAAAUAAGUUUAAUUGACAUCGUUCUUUCUCACUGAUGU